ACCAGCGUUUAGCAUUUUCAAAGUAAAUCUACACUGUUAAAAUCUUAUCCAAAACGCUAACGCUAAUCUCUAACACUAUUUCCAAAGAGACCCUUUUUAUACUAUAAGUUGUGUCAUGUGUUUUUGCCACUCCCCCUCCACAAAUUCCUCAAUAAAUACUCUUCUUGCCCUGACAUUUUUUUCUCAUCUCAUUAUACUCUUUCUAUACCAUCUCUUUCAAAUUUUAGAAAACAAAAUUAAAAAAUGGGCGUUUUCGGCGGAGCCUACGUUUCCCUUCUCAUCUUUUCCACGCUGUUACUAGCGGCGGAGCCUAAAAUCCCAGGCGUAUACACCGGCGGCGCGUGGCAGACCGCUCACGCCACCUUCUACGGAGGCAGCGACGCGUCCGGCACCAUGGGCGGCGCGUGCGGGUACGGAAACCUCUACAGCCAAGGCUACGGGGCGAGCAACGGAGCUCUGAGCACAGCCCUGUUCAACAAUGGCCUCAGUUGUGGGGCCUGCUUCGAGCUCAAGUGUGACGGCGACAAGUCUUGCUUUCCCGGCAGCCCGUCCAUCGUCAUCACCGCCACCAAUUUCUGCCCUCCCAAUUUUGCCCUGCCCAACGACAAUGGCGGCUGGUGCAACCCGCCCCGCGCCCAUUUCGACCUCUCCAUGCCCAUGUUUCUCAAGAUCGCCGAGUACCGUGCCGGAAUCGUUCCCGUCAAAUACCGCCGGGUAGCGUGCAGGAGGGGAGGAGGAAUCCGGUUCACGAUGAACGGCCACCGUUACUUCAACAUGGUUCUGGUCACCAACGUGGGCGGGGCGGGGGACAUCGUGAGGGCGAGCGUGAAGGGGUCGGAGACGGCGGGUUGGAUAGAGCUGAGCCGGAACUGGGGGCAGAACUGGCAAACGAGCGCCCUCUUGACCGGCCAGUCCCUCUCCUUCCGCGUCAAAGGCAGCGACGGCCGCUCCUCCACCUCCUGGAACGUCGCCCCCGCCACCUGGCAGUUCGGCCAAACCUUCGUCGGCAAAAACUUCCGCGUCUGACUGAAUGAAUGAAUGCCCCCCAUUAACGUUAAUAUAUACUCCCUCCGUCCUAAAAUUAACUCUCAUUUGACUUUUUAUAGUCUGUAAUGAGGCACUUUGACCAUUAAUAUCCUCAUUUUUAUAUGAAUACUCCUAUAUAUUAUCAAAAUAAUAUAUUUCAAAACUAUGUUUCAAAAUGAAUCUAUUGAUACUAA